UUGGUGAACCUAAAAACGUCUACUUCAUCACAAAGACCUUAUGAAGAUACCUCAAAAAUUAUAAUGCGAUUACUGUCCGGGCGAUAAAAACUGUAACUUUAGGUUGGUGAUGUUCUGUAAUAAAAUCCGAUGACAUGACAUCAGGGUUAUAUGUGGGGGUACAACACUGACUAGUUAUUUUUCUGUGAAUUUGACCGAAAUGGCUAAAUUUGCCAGACAGAAUGUGAUGAUUUGAUAUUAUCGUGAAAUUGGGUGUUGUGAAUUGGUGAGGAAGGGUUGGUGACGUCGUUCUGAGGCCGAGAGGUCGCUUCGACCGGCUUCCAGCCUGUUGCUCAUCUGCCCAAGUCCGCAGGUGGCUACGAAGCACCAGGAGGGGCUUCGCCACCCGGGGAGGGGGUGCUUCGCCGCCCUGGUGGCCCGUGGGCCAAGCUGCGCCGACCGCCAGGGGCGCCCCGUCCUCGAGACCUCCGCCGACUUCCUCCACCACAGUCAGUCUAGCUUGCACACCUCUACCGCGACUAUCUCUUCCACAGCCGCUCUUUCUCAUCACUUCAAGUGCCGCGUCUUACCCACUCGGAUGCUGAGCUAUCACACCGGCUUCAACAUUAAAAGGAAGAGAUUUCGCCAUGUCUGACGGCUCGUGAAUUUUUACAACAUCCGUCCCAAAAAAAAUUAUUUCUCUGGGUUUUUUUUGGGGAGUGUUUUUUUUGUGUUUUGUGUUGUGAUCUCAAGUGAUUCAGUGAUUUCAAGAUUUCCUCAGUCAUGUUUGGGAUUACUCUAUUGCUAUUUCUCCUUGGUUAUCCUUUUAAGUGCCAGUCAUCAGGAGUGUUCGAACUGAAGAUCCUCUCCCUCGAAAACCCCUUGGGGCGGGAUUCGAUGGGCGAGUGCUGCACCGGAGGCGGAAGCGGCGGAGGCGGCGAGUGCCCUAGGCCGUGCUUGACCCGCCUCCGCGCCUGCUUAAAGCACUAUCAAGCCCAGGUGGACUACACGAGCAACUGCACGUUCGGCGAUCUCGUCACACCGGUCCUCGGUACGAAUUCGCUGGAUCUCACGCCGAACGGACACCUCAUCUCGUUCCCUUUUGACUUCACAUGGCCUGGGACUUUCUCUCUCAUCGUCGAAGCCUGGCACGACACGAACACGACGUCGAGCCUGUCUGGAAACAAAAGAUUGAUAACAAGGCUGACGACGCAGAGAUGGCUGGACGUCGGAUCGGACUGGACCCCGGGCGGCACUGAGGGUGCGCUCAGGUUCGAGUACCGAGUCACCUGCGAGCCUCACUAUUACGGAACCGGUUGCGCAGUGCUGUGCAGGCCUCGGGACGACAAUUUCGGCCAUUACACCUGCAGCGAAAACGGCAGCAGGAUCUGCACCGAAGGGUGGGACGGCGAAUACUGCACGACGCCGAAAUGCUUGCCUGGUUGUGACGCCCAGCACGGACGCUGCACGAAUCCAAACGAAUGCAUAUGUCAUAGCGGCUGGAAAGGAAGGCUGUGCGACAAGUGCGAGCGCUACCCCGGCUGCUUGCACGGCACUUGCCAAAAACCGUGGGAUUGCCUGUGCAACGAGGGCUGGGGCGGUCUUUUCUGCAACCAGGAUCUCAACUACUGCACUAACCACCUUCCCUGCCGACACGGAGGCACUUGCUUCAAUACCGGCCAGGGAUCUUACACCUGCAGUUGUCCCCCUGGAUACACGGGGACCGACUGCGAACACAAAAUCGACGGUUGUUCUCACAAACCUUGUCUAAAUGGGGCAAAAUGCAUCGAUGAAGGGGCGGGAGGAUAUAAAUGCGAGUGCCCCUCUGGUUGGAAAGGCACGCAUUGCGAGAAUUCAGCGGUGACGUGUGGUCAUCUGCCAUGUCAGAACGGUGGGACUUGCGAAGAUACAGCGACCGGCUACUCGUGCUCCUGUAGCCCUGGAUUUUCCGGUCAAGACUGUUCGGUGGAAGUGGACUUGUGUCAGUGCCAGAACGGUGCGACAUGCACUCCAGAAGGAAACUGCAUCUGCCCGACGGGCUUCUCCGGAUCUCACUGCCAGACCAACGUAGACGACUGCAUUGGCUCGCCUUGCCGCAACGGAGCCACAUGCAUAGACGGCGUCGACUCCUACAAGUGCCAGUGCGUACCCGGAUUCGUCGGCAAGCACUGUGAGGACGAGGUGGACUACUGUCUCGCCAAACCCUGCGCCAACGGGGGAACCUGCUACAAUUUGGUGAACGAUUACAAGUGUUCGUGCAGGGCCGGUUUCACCGGUAAAGACUGUUCGGUCGACGUUGACGAGUGCGCCCCCGCCCCUUGCAAAAACGGCGGAAAGUGUACGGAUAGAGUGAACGGUUUCUUGUGUACUUGUGUCGACGGUUUCGAAGGUGCGACGUGUGCGGAAGAGCCGGGACGUGCCGGCAACAUCUCGAGGCAAGUGCUGGCGAGAGAAGAGUCUGGUCUGAGCGCGGAGCACAUUCUGGUGAUAGCCACCCUGUCGGUGGCGGUCCCGUUGGCCGUGCUGAUCGCAGCUGUCGUCGUCGUCUGCAUGAAACAGAGGCGGGCCCUGGAGAGGCGGAAGGCCGACGAAGAGGCUAGGCGGCAGAACGAGCAGAACGCCGUCUCCAGUGCGGUGGUCUCCAAACGAGCCGACCCCCACAUGAUAAAAAAUACCUGGUCCUCUCCUCUUGCUCUGGGUAAGAAGACGGACGACGGGCCGGAAACGUGCUGGGACCCCGUCUACACCCUCCAGCGGACCAGAUCUCAGAAACAGCUCAACACCGAGUUGGUGAGACACAAGGACGAGCUACCCCCUACGAAGAGGAUAUCUCUCAUGUCCUUGGACUCUAAUCAUCCGCCGCCGGGCGUCCUCUGUAAUUCCAGUUGCAGUGACAUGUCUGGAGGAAAACGGCUGGAGUCGACGAGGAGGAGUAGCACGAUAGACAUGCUCAAACCUCCUCCCGUCUACGUGAUAGGGGACCACCAUAGGCCUUAGCCAUUCGACUGAAUUAACUAUUUAAUAAACAAUGAACUUCGCAAAAUUAUGAUAAUAUACAUACAUGUGUGUGAUAUUACGUGUGCAUGUCGACUUUUUUUUGUACUUUGUAAAUAACUUAUUAUAAUUGUGAUUCAAAUUGUCUGUCGAAAAAAGAACUAAGUCAUACAAAAUUUAAAAAAAAAUUUAUGAGAACGAAAGUUGAUAAACACGGACAAAACGCGUUUCCCGGAACUGAGCCGGCUUCCGCUGACACUGUGGGGACGCUUUUUCUUUUCUUUUUUAUUAACGAUAAUAUGUAUUAUUGAAUGGAAUAAUUUGUAUUAUAUUAUUAUAAAUAUUAUGUGAAGGGAGUCCUCCUAUGGAGGGAUACAGUUCCUGUAAUUGUUAUUGCUAAGUCAUACCUAUCUGUAGUGGGUGGGGGAUCUCAUUUCUUUGGUAAAAAUAUAAUUAGAAAAAAUAAUGUAUUUAAAGCGAGAGAAUAAUUAAAAAGGGGGAAGCACCCACGACUUAGUUAUUUUCCAACUGGGUCCUGGGGCUCUUCCUUUUUACGACCAAAGACAUUGAAGAAAAACCAGUUCGUCUUUAAUUUAAACAAAAUAACCUCGACCAAUGUAUUUUUGACUCGAAACUUCCGUUAUUUAUAUUUAAAAAAACGUUUAAUUGUAUGUAAGACUUCUCGGUCAUGUGUAUAACACUUCAUACUCUUUAUACAUAUAUAUAUAGACUUGUACAUUGCCUGAAACGUGAUAUGCACAUGAGCGUGAAACGAAUUGAAAUUUUCUCACUCACUAUAACGAUUUUUCUUUUCUCUUUUGUAUGAUAUUGUAUAUUUACGAUUAAAAACAAAUUGUAAGUUGUGUAAAUAACUUAAAAUAAUGCCCAAUAGUUGUUUCACUUACUUUACUUUAAUAAAACAAUGUCGAUACAUGA